AUGGCCCGUAUACGAAAAGAAAAAGGUCGUUCUUCCAAAGCUCUUCAAUCAUCAUCGAAAGAGUACGCGAAAAGCUCAACAACGUCGCUAAAAAACGACAAGACGCCCAGGACUUUGUCGAAAAGCCAGAUAUCGUCAUUGGGAGGGGAUGAAGCUGAUUUGGAGUUAUUGAAAGGUGUAAAACAGGAUGUAGAGAUAAGUUCGGGGUCUACGGUCAAUGAUGCUGCGUUGCAAAAUGACGUUUCUAAAUUUUUGAACGAACUUAAUAUCGGCAGUGGGAACUCAAACAACACCCCGAAAUCUAAACCAAACGCGAAAGGAAAAGAGAAAGAAAAGCUUCAUUCAGGUUCGAAGACUACACAUGAAAAGAAAGGGAAGCCUGUGGCCGAACCCCAAGAAUCGACUUCCGUCUCAAAACCUUCGAAAAAAGACAAAAAACACGUUCAAAAGACAGAAACACCUGCACCAUCGACUACUACCGCACCUGUAGAGGAACGUCCGAAAGUCGUGCUACCUACAAAGGUUACGCUCAACCCGAAAUCGCAAUUUGUCUUCCAGCCAAUUUCGCAAUGGUACAACGCUCUACCUACCCUUGAUUAUUCCUCCUCAGCCUCCACGACAAUCACUCCAGCACAAUUAUCAUCACUAUCACAAAAGGCUGCAGAGCUGCAUGAAAAAGACAUUUCUACCUUCCUGACAUCCUCCUCCUCGAACUCUUCCUCAUCUGAGGCGAGCUUCCUUGCCAAAAUCAUUUCAUCGGGUACACUCUCGGACAGGCUCAGUGCGCUGACGCUUUUGGUGCAGAGUAGCCCUCUUCACAACAUCAAGGCGCUGGAGACAUUGAGGACGAUGGCGGAGCGAGGCAAGGGAAAGGGUGGCAGGGAAGAGAGCUUGAAGGCGCUGAGGUGUAUCGUUGAUUGGUGGGUCGGAGGCGGAGCACCCAAUCGCAAACUCAAAUAUUUCCGCGACCAGCCUUUACUGCAUCCCGGUGUUACAGACGAAUAUCUUUUGCUCUGGCACUUCGAAGAUUGGUUGAAAAAGUACUUUUUCUCGGUCCUUCAAGUGCUUGAGACUCUUUCGCUAGACCCUCUACCCUACGUCCGGACACAAACCAUCAGUCUGAUAUUUACACUCCUCAAGGAUAAACCCGAGCAGGAGCAGAAUCUGUUGCGUUUGCUCGUCAAUAAACUAGGAGACACGGAAAAAUCACUCGCCUCGCGUGCUUCAUACCACCUGCUUCAACUCCUCCAAAGCCACCCUGCCAUGAAAGCAAUCGUCGUCCGCGAGAUCAUUUCCCUCGUUCUGCGUCCCGCAGCUCCUACCACAGCCGCUGUCGUAGCUGCUGCCGCAGCCAGCACCGCCGCCUCUGCCAACAAACACAUCCGAUUCGGUGAUGCUGAGCCUCCCAAACCUGCCCCAACACCGAAAGGUUCUUCAUCAAAAGACAAGGAGAAAAAAAGCACCAAUUCACAUGCGCGAUAUUACGCGACAGUGACGUUCAAUCAAAUUGUGUUGACGCCCGGGGACAAGGAGGUGGCGCUUCAGUUGAUUGAUGUUUAUUUUGAGAUGUUCAAGGAACUUUUGGGAGAGGGGCUGGGAGAGGAAGUGGAUGGAGAGGCGGAUGAGAAGGUGGAUCAUGGUAAAGGAAAGGGGAAAGGGAAGGAAGAAGAAGAGUUCAAGACGGACAAAGGAGGAAGGAUCAUGGAGAGAUCAAAGGGCAAAGGAAAGGGAAAAGGAAAGGUUAUGGAAAUCAAGGGCGCAGCUGGGUUUACAGAGGUCGAGGAUUCGAACUCGAAGCUCGUUUCUGCCAUUUUGACUGGUGUCAAUCGCGCACUGCCGUUCGCAAAGAUUGACGCAGCCGACGUCGGAAUCAACAAACAUAUCGACACCCUGUUCCUCAUCACCCACAAGUCCACUUUCAACAUAUCGCUCCAAGCUUUAGUUCUCAUUCAACAGAUAUCAGCCUCGCUCUCCUCUUCCUUACCCCCUUCCUCCGCAUCCUCUUCAUCUUCUUCGUCAGCAGCAGCGACUGCCAAGUCCAUUACGGACCGUUACUACCGUACCCUCUACGCUUCGCUCCACGACACACGGCUCGCGACGUCCUCGAAGCAAGCGAUGUACCUUAACCUAUUCUUCAAGUCCAUCAAAGCUGACGCGGGUGUCGGUACCGACGACGCGAGUGUAAAGGGCGAGAAGGGGGAGAGGGUCAAGGCGCUCAUCCGACGGUUCGUCCAGGUGCUUGUAAGUGGAGGUGGUGGCGCACCCGAGUUUAUUGCCGGUGGGCUCUUCUUGCUGGGCGAGCUGUUUAGUAGUAUACCGGGAUUGAGGGCGAUGAUCAAUGAAAAACCCAAAGCACAGAAGGGAGACGAUGCUGCUACACAGGAGGCGUACGACCCCAGAAAACGCGAGCCGCAGUUCGCACACGCAUCGGCGCUACCCCUAUGGGAACUGACGCCUCUGCUGAACCAUUACCACCCUGCGGUCGCACUGCAUGCGCGCCAGCUGCUCACCUCACAGCCGCUCACGGCAUCAGCAGACCUAUCGCAGAACACGCUUUUGCACUUCCUCGAUCGGUUCGUGUACAAGAACCCGAAAAAGCUCGGUAAAGAUAAGGGCGAGGAGAAGGAGGGUGAAGAGGUGCUCGGCGCCAAGGGCGCAAGUGCGAUGCAGCCGGCGGCGAGCGCCCUUGACGGCGUGAAGUUGAUGAAGGGAGAGGCGGGUCGUACGGCCGCGGGGAUGGUGAUGGUGAAUGAAGCAGCAUUUUUGAAGAAGAGGCGGGAGGAUGUUCCUGUUGAUCAGCUGUUCUUCCAUGAUUUCUUCACGAGGAAGAAUGAGCGUGAGAAGGCGAAGGCUGCGAAGGUUAACAAGAGGAAAGAUGACGAGGAGGAAAGCGAAGAAGAUGAGGAGGAGGGUGAAGAAGAUGAGAAUGUCGCGUCGGAUGAUGAGGCUGACGCCGACGAACCCGCCAGCGAGUUCAGCGAGGAAGAUAGUGACGCUGACGAGGCAGAGAUUUGGAAGGUGAUGCAGGCGACGAUGCCGAAGGCCGCUGGGGAAGAUGACGAUCUUAUGCUGGACAGCGAUGUCGAUGAGGAUGAGGAUGCGUCAGUUGACUUCGGAGAUGAUAGCGAGUUGAACGGGUCUGACCUCGAUAUCGAUGACGACGAGGAAGUUGGGAGUGAAAACGACGAAGAUGAAGGCGAAGAAGAAGAUGAUGAUGAUGAGGAAGGCGGCCUGUCACUUGCGGAAGAUUCAGACAACGAGGAUCUUAUCCCUCUCGAUGGGAUGGAACACCCACUGGGUCUUAUCGAGUACGACGGAUCGGACGCCGACUCGGACGCUGGCGCUGUGGUCGAUGAGGACGAAGUCUGGGGAGGUAUCAGUUCUGAGAACAAGAAGCGUAAGCGCGGUGGGAAAGAAGAUCCGAGCAUGAGCAGGGAAAAGAGGAAGAAGCGCAAGGCGCUGCCGACCUUUGCCAGCUAUGAGGAUUAUGCGAAGAUGAUUGAGGAGGGGCCAGAGGAUGAUAUUUGA